AUGUGCCUGGACGGCGAUGGCAACGUGGUCGCCGUUGCUGGCGGAGCGGAAGCCGGCCCCGGGCCCAUGGUGUAUAUCUUCACCCCCGAAGGCCGAAUCAUCGAGUCCCACCCACUGCCCGAGGAGCCAACUAAUUGUGCCUUCGGCGGGACCGAACUGGCGGACUUGUACGUCACCACCACCCAAGGCAGCCUGUACCGCGCUUCAGGUACCGGCCGAAAGGGCUGA